AUGGCGUCGCCAUUUCCGAUUCCGCUGGGUACUCUUGUGAUCAAAGUAGAAGAUGAAAGGGAGAGUGAUGUACCCGGGCAUAUCACCACCGACCAAGAGCUGAGGGACAUGUUCACCAAGGACGUCCAGCGCCGGCUCGAGCUCAUCAGGAGGAGGAGUGCUCAGUUGUAG